AUGGCCGCGCGGAUCGGACUCCUCUGGCUGCUGGGCCUGGUUCUGUGUGCUCUGGGCGUCGACCACGGCCCGCGUCCCCUGUAUGUCUUUCCCCAGCGACGCCUGGGAGUACACGAGCGCCGAGACAUGCAGCGAGAGAUCCUGGCGGUGCUCGGGUUGCCUGAGCGUCCCCGACCCCAUGUGCCACCCGCUCCCUCCCGGCAGCCAGCGUCCGCGCCGCUUUUCAUGCUGGACCUGUACCACGCCAUGGCCAAUGACGACGACAGUGGGUCCCUGCAUUCUCACCUGGGGCGCUCCGACCUGGUCAUGAGCUUCGUCAAUAUGGUGGAGCGAGGCCGUACCCUGGACUACCAGGGGCCACAAUGGAAGGAAUUCCUCUUUGACCUAACCCAGACCCCUGCUGGGGAGGCCGUCACAGCUGCCGAGUUCCGGAUAUAUAAAGAACCCAGCAGCCACCCACUCAACACAACUCUCCAUGUCAGCAUGUUCGAGGUGGUCCAGGAACACUCCAACAGGGAGUCUGACUUGUUCUUUUUGGAUCUUCAGACGCUUCGAUCUGGGGAUGAGGGCUGGCUGGUGCUGGAUAUCACAGCAGCCAGCAACAGAUGGUUGAUGAACCAUAACAAGGACCUGGGACUCCGCCUCUAUGUGGAAACUGAGGAUGGGCACAGCAUGGAUCCUGGCCUGGCCGGUCUGCUGGGACAACAAGCACCACAAUCCAGACAGCCUUUCCUGGUCACCUUCUUCAGGGCCAGCCCGAGUCCUGUGCGGGCCCCACGGGCAGCGAGGCCACUGAAGAAGAGGCAGCUAAAUAAAACUAUCCAGGUGCAGCAUUCCAACAAACACCUACGAAUCUCUGAUGGUCAUGGCGCCCGAGGCAGAGAUGUUUGCCGUAGGCACGAGCUCUACGUCAGCUUCCAGGACCUCGGCUGGCUGGACUCGGUCAUCGCCCCCAAAGGCUACUCAGCUUAUUACUGUGCUGGAGAGUGCAACUACCCAUUUACCUCCUGCAUGAACUCUACCAAUCAUGCCACCAUGCAGGCCCUGGUACACCUGCUGAAGCCAGAUGUCGUCCCCAAGGUGUGCUGUGUGCCCACGGAGCUGAGUGCCAUUUCUGUGCUCUACUAUGACAAAAGCAACAAUGUCAUCCUGCGCAGGGAGCGCAACAUGGUGGUCCAGGCCUGUGGCUGCCACUGA